AUGAGAGGCUCCAUCACACAUGACGGCAACAUUGCUGAAAAGAACAGAAAAUCUCUUCCUAUAGAGUGGACUAACAUCCAGUUCAGUAAACUAUCAAAGUUCCUAUUUCUCUUGGACAAAGGAGACAAGAUUUUGGACAGCACGGAGACCACUGUAUCUGCGGAAAUACCUUUAUCGCUCAAAGAUCCAAACAGCACGGAGAACAUGGCCGAAAAGAAAACUCGUCCAACUCUCGAUGCUCAAAAGGCUUUCCUUUCAGUCUUGACAGACGAAGAAUUCAAUUUUCGUUCCGUCUUGGAGGUACUUCACGAUCACGUUAUAGAGCUGGUGGAUUAUUCAAUAAUAACGCUGGAAGAGGACUCUGAAGGUGCUAACGGGGAUGUGAGUAAGCAAGACGAACACCUGCUGAUUCUGGUUGAGAUUUGCCGUUACCUCGAAAUUGAUUGUCACGGCCUUGAAGACAAAAUUGAAAAAGUCCAGAAGAAAUUUUUGCUUACAGAAGAAGAAAAGAAGACCAAUUUCUUCAUAAAUGCUGACAGUUUGCGCAUUUGCCGUAUAUGUGACCAACUGACGAUCUCUAUCGUUCAUCAGCUGCUGGAUACUGUGCAAAAUGAUAUGGAUCUCGGCAAAUUCUUUCAAACAAAAUUGGACAUUUCCUUGGAGAUGCUAAGGAAGACCGACGGUCUGAAGGAGGCUUUAUUUUUCUACAUGAUCAGAGUUUUAGAGGAAAACGACAAACUCAACCAUAUAUAUACAGACAAAUUAGAAGAACUCCUGGAAAGAGUGAGCAAAGCAGUAACAGACAAGAAUGAUCGGCUCAUUAUCAAGGGUGUGGUCAGUACUCUGAGUGAGUACCCCAUGAAUUGUCGACCCGCCGGUCACUGCCUCGUCUUCUGCGUCACCGAGGACAGAAAAGGAGCACAAGAAGAAAUAACAAAAGUUAAAAAUGUUUUUGAGAAUUCUCUUGGUUACAUAGUCCAUAUUGAAAAAGACCCAACUCGCACGACACUGCUGGCGUGUAUGAAAGAACUGCAGAAGCCGAAGUAUCGCUAUUAUGGCUCUAUCAUAUACUGGUUCAUGGCUCAUGGCACAGAGACCGACCUGAAGUUAGCCGACGGCAAGGAUUAUAAGCGGGAGGAUUUUAUCAACGAGUUCUCUAAACUGAACAACUUCAGAAAGAAGCCAAAAUUAUUUUUUAUGGUAUCUUGUCGAGGGGAAGACACCAUACCAAUCAAAAAGAAAAGUGGGAUCCUAGUGGCGGUGGACGGGGGCCUAGAGACAGAGAACGUGACAGAAAUCGUAAAGAACUACCACAACAUCACAGCCGUCUACUACAAGAUGGACCGCCUGGUUGCUAGCUCAACUCUACCCGAGCAAUACUCCUUCAGGUUACCUGAUAAAGGCUCAGUGUACGUGGACACAGUGUGUCGUCUACUGGAACAACACCGCGGCGACAACAUUACACAGGUCCUCGAGAGAGUCUGUAACAAGAUGCACCAGAUACUGUUUUCUUGCACUGAGAAGUUCAAGGGGGAGGCCAAACAGGCGUGUUACUACGAGAGUACUCUUCAGAAGACCUUCAUCGUGCCUAGGGAGCCUCAGGGAAUCUACCAACAAUAGGGUGAAACGACUUCAAAAGACAAAGACGCUCUAUAUAGAGUUUUAUUAAGUCAUGACCUGCACGACUUGAUGGAACUCUACACACAGCGAAAUGUUUCAGUUAAAGCUUGUUCUGUAACUUGAUUUGAUCUUUUCACUGCCUGAAGUUCAUGAAAUGGGAAAGUUGGGGGUAAAUAAGGUUGAUUCGACGAAGGAGAAGGGUAGUUCAAAUUCCUUAGAUCAAGAGCUCUUCACUGGCAGAAAAGGACUCCUCUGAAGGGAGUAGUUCCUGUUUUUUAUAGUAUUAAAAUCCACCCAUUGCUAGAAGACCCUUAAGAAAUAUGUCACAAGUAAUGUCUACGAGCAUCAUUUGAUGUCCUUUGAAAGAUCACAUUAUUAUUAAUUUCUCAGGAACCGCUUUAUUGUAGUCCAAGACUAUGCAAUUUACCGAGCCGUAUAUACUACCUUUCUUCAGCUUCAUUAUUCUACUAUAGAUCUCCUGUAAGUUCAUGAGGCAGAUCUUACCGUCAAUGUUAGUUUGUUCCAUAAGCUUCUUUAUUACCUUAUUUUCUCACUUUAGACAGUAUACAUGUUAAUAAUACUGGGUGGUAAUUGGCUGCAUCUCGUUCCCCUGCUUAUGUAUUAUGAUCAUAUAUGUGGGUCGCAUCCUGGCGACAAAACUGUCCUAAUUUGCUCGAAAUGGUCUGCAUUAUUAUUAUUAUUAUUAUUAUUAUUAUUAUUAUUAUUAUUAUUAUUAUUAUAAGGCUGAAUCUGCUAUAGGUACAUAUUUACUGCUAGAAAAAUAUGGUUAGCAGGAAUAUGGAGACACGUUCACGCAGAUAGCCUCAUCCAAGUCUCGAACCAGAGUUCUUCAGUUAGCUUGAACCAUCCAUCACACCAGCUGUCACCACAUUCAUCACACCAGCUGUAAACACAUCCAUCACACCAGCUGUCACCACAUUCGUCACACCAGCUGUCAACGCAUCCACCUACAACAGCUGUUAUUACAGUCAACACACAAUCUGUCACUACAUCCACCAUACCAGCUAUCAGCACAUCCAUCUAUACCAGCUGUCACCACAUCCAUCACAAUAGAUCGCUCGAACACCCAAUUUACACUCACCAGACUGAGAAAAAUGGAAGAAGUAUACAUAACAAUUUUGAAAAAGAAAAUAUUAAUGCUGAACUCCUUCAAGUUUCGUUAUGUGUUAAAACGCACACUUUAUGGAAAAUUUUCUAGGGGUGAUUACCUGUAUGUACCUCAACAUUAUAUACAUACAAGUAAACUCAUUGGGAGACAACCAUAUUGUUUACCGUAGUCACCCCGUGUAGACAUGUGAGAAAACUUAACCACCCCUGGUCACGGCAAGUGGUUCCUUCGACCUCACAAUCUUAUCCACAUCUAUCCGAGACCAGUAUGGAUUGGGUAGCACCCACAAGUACGGUGCUACUAAUUAAUUGUGGACUGUAUAGAUUAUAUUAGUUUAACUGAAUGAAGGGGGGUGGGGUAGGUUACACAUGGAUAUAUCCAUCAAGAAAAACACUUGUACAUAAUCUCACCACUUACCAGAUAUUCGCUGGUGGUCACUUGAUGUAGCUGGAUCACUCAUAACCUAUCCAAUUACAACAUACCUAACUGGCCAGUAUCAGUCUGCUAUAACUAGAAGGGUUACUUAACUGUGGGUGAUUGAUACUCCUUAUUUCCUCCAUUCACCAUCUCAUUUCGAUGUCCUGCUACACCGACACGGUUCUUAUUCCAGCAGGACGAGAUAUCCGUCGGUUUGUCCCGGUUUAGAAGUCGCGAUUCCAUAAAGCUUCACUAUCCUCGGUACGAGGAUCAUGCGUUCACUCGGAGCAGGGCGAUCUAUUUCACAUCCCGCAUUCUCUUAACUCAAUGUUAUUAUCACUGAUUACAUUACCAUUCACAAGACGAUUUAACGUCUCAUAAUUAUUAUACACAUUAGAGGUCACUCCAUUAAGAUCUGAGGCCGAUGAGCGAGGAUUAACACACGGGUAUUUCCCCUGGACACACACCAUGGCCGUGCACCAGUCACACCCGGUCGAACCAUUAUUCACCAAUUUUACCACCUUUUUACAAUGGUCCCGUAAAUCACGUUCCCUCACUCUUCACCAGGAACAGUUACGACACUUCCUAUUAUGAAAUGAGGCCUAUAUUAAUCCUUAGGCCGCCGUGAAUGCCAAUUUCCUGGUUCCAUGCUUUCCCAGCCUCCUCACCACAUUCAAAACACUCCCGCCUCCCCCAUGGCCCGAGUCGACCUCUCCCCCCGCACAUCCGCGCAUGCGCAAAGGGAACUCUUGGUUCUAUCCUAUUGUCAAAUACAUUUUUGACUCAUAUCGACACAUUAAACACCUAUUAGGCGCUAUAGCUUCGGAAAAUCAAAAAUUUUCCACACACUUAGCCAAUCACUUCUGGAAGCACAGUUGUUCAUUCGCAGUUUAGGAAUAUAUUUGACCAGUAUACCACUUAAAGUGUCUGUACUAAAGGGUCUCAAACCUUCCCAAAAUAAGAGUAUUCAAAUAUCUCAUUACCACUUAUGCGCAUUUAUUUUUUUUUCACUUUUCCGUAUAGUUGUUGUAUACGGUACGGUAACUGAUACAAUCUCAAAAAAAGAGAUUAAUAAAAAUGGUCAUGGCCACGAGGAAUAAACAGAAAAUAGUCGGUAGGGGAUACUGUUAUAACAAAGGUUGAUAAUUUACUUCUAAUUUAAAAAAAAAAAUAGAUAUUUCACAUCAUUUUCAGGUCUUUGAAGAAUUUUCAAAUUUACCACUGUAAUUAGGAAAUUCCAAAUUUACCACUGUAAUUGGGACUUUUUUUUUUGUUAAUGACUGUUACACAGUAAUAUUCGCCUAUUACAAAAUAAUAUUCGACCAUUAAAUUAAAUUAAAUUAAAUUAAAUUAAAAUCUUUAUUUACUACAAGUACAUGUACAAGGUAUACAGUCCUAGCUGACAUCAAUGACAUACUACUAUAUAGAAAGCCUCUUGUUAUGCUGAGAAUUUCGGGCAAAAAAGGUCAGUUUUGUCCCAGGAUGCGACCCACACCAGUCGACUAACACCCAGGUACCCAUUUGACUGAUGGGUGAACAUAGACAACCGGUGUAAAGAUACACGUCCAAUGCAGGGGCGUCGUAAGGGGGGGCGGGCCGCCCUGGGUGACAUCAGUUAUGGGGUGACACCAUAGAGCCUCUAAAGAAGGUGACACUAAUGCCCAAAACAGUGCUGCACCAACAUAAGAGAAGAAUCCUUCGUUUCUAUAUAGCCUACUAUAUAUUAACAAAGUACAAAUAGGCCUAUAUAGGGAAAAUCAUUGAGUUUGAUGAUGUGAUAGAUGAUUUUGCAUAACUGAAGCCAAGGAAAUGUAAGAUCAGAUUUACGGUGAUGUUACCUGUACUCAAGGUUAAAUAAAAUGUACGAUCAGAUUCACCGAGAUGUUACCUGUACUCAAGGUCAAAUGUACGAUCAGAUUCACUGAGAUGUUACCUGUACUCAAGGUCAAAUGUAAGAUCAGAUUCACUGAGAUGUUACCUGUACUCAAGGUCAAAUCUAAGAUCAGAUUCACUAAGAUGUUACCUGUACUCAAGGUCAAAUGUACGAUCAGAUUCACUGAGAUGUUACCUGUACUCAAGGUCAAAUGUACAAUCAGAUUCACUGAGAUGUUACCUGUACUCAAGGUCAAAUCGGAACUAGUGUUUCUCUGAUAUUGCAAUGUUUUUCUUUAUUUUUCAAGUUUUUUUGCUUUAGUUUUGGCAUUGUUGAAGAUGAAUAAAUGUAGGAUCUGUUGCUAUACUCAGUGAUAUUUGAGUUUAUGUUUCCUCAAUAUUACUAUGAUUAUUUAUUUUAUCAUUAAUAAAGUUGAGAAGUAUU